CUGGACAGUGAGUUGUUGACCUUUUUUUAGGUGUUAGAAUAUUUUACCGAUCUAUUCUGACUUGAAUAGCUAAUAUUGAAAGAUUAAUCGCAGGCCACAUAAAUCCAUUACACGGGCCAGAUCCGGCCCGUAGGCCGUUGUUGGCCAUGCCUGGGUUAGCAUGUUCUUCCCUACAGUUUCGGGUUGUUGUUAAAUUCAGUGCCGCGGAGCAGCGCUGCAGCUUAGGCUGCAAGAGCGCUGCGAUCGCUGCUGAAUGUCUUUUAACAACGCACACGGGGCAGCGCUGCAGUUCCAAAAUGGCGGCUCUCAGUGCAAUUGUUGGAAUGUUUAGCGAAUUAUUUAAUUCGAAAAAUUUUAAAAAGAAUUCAUUUUUGCGAUACAAUGUCUUAUUUAGGAAGCGUAAACAUGACGACGAAGUAAUUGCUGGAAUGGCAAGUUCUGUUGUGGUGCAACCGCGGAAAAAAGCCAGGAUACAAAACUAUUAUGAGGAAAUUAUUCCUCGAUACAGUGAUCUGGAUUUUAAAGGCCACUUCAGACUUCAGCGUGAAAGCGUUGAAUACCUUUGCCAGAUUCUGAAUUUAAAAGAAACGAAGAAAAUUGGACGGUCAUCCAUUAUAGAGGUAAAAAAAGAAAAGGUUGUCCUAUUGUCCUUAUGGAUUUUAGGAAAUCAGGAAUCCUUUAGAGGCGUAGGUGACCGUUUUGGACUAGAUAAAGGACAUGCUCAUAGGUUGUUCAUAGUAUUUUGUAAAGGUGUUUGUAAUUUAAAAGAAAUUUUCAUUAAAUGGCCAGUUGAUAAGGAUGCCCAAGAAGUGGUAAAAAACUUUUCAUCAUUAAGGGGCAGAAACAGCUUUCCAAAUGUCUUUGGAUGUGUUGAUGGGACAUUAAUACAAGUAACAGUUUGUCAUCAUGAAAAGCAAGAAUAUUACAGCAGGAAGCAGUGCACUGCAGUCAUACUUCAAGGGAUCUGCAGAAGUGACAAAAUGUUUACUGCAGUUUAUGCUGGCUGGCCGGGAUCUGCACAUGAUGCAAGGGUGUGGCGAAACAGUGAUGUAGGGAUUGGGUUAUCAAAUAAAACUCUCCCACUCCCAGAGAACUGCCAUUUACUUGGUGACUCAGCAUACCCACUAGAGACAUAUUUGAUGGUUCCUUACAAGGACAAUGGACAUCUGAAUUCCAAACAGAAAUAUUUUAAUAAAAGACUAAGUUCAUCUCGCAUAGUAAUAGAACAAGCAUAUGGUGAUCUGUUUGGACGCUUUCGUCGACUGAAAUUUUUGUUCGUAAGAAACAAGCAAUACUUAACUAAAAUUAUUCUUACUGCUUGUGUUUUACAUAAUCUUUGUAUUCUACAAAGUGAUGUUAGUCCAGAUGAGGAUAAACAUUUCACUCCUUUCCAGCCUCACCCAAGCCAACAUUCAACUAAUGCAGCAAAUAAUAAGAGGGAUGCUAUUGCUGAUUAUCUUUAUGGUGUCAUGAGACUACAAAAUAGUAGUAUAGGAGACAAUUCACAAGAAAGUGAUAAUCUAGUGUAAGGAUACAAUGACGAGGAGACUAG